GAGGUCUGCGCUGCAGUGGUACAUUCGCAAUAAAAUGGGUGUGGUUGAAUCGCGCAUAUGUGAUGCUACGUGUUUCUGGUGCAGACCGAAUGAUUUCAUACGGGACUGAAUUGACAGCAGAGCGAGCGCACAUUAUUUGAAUUAUUUAGAAAACUACUGUACGGUUGUUUAUGUUGAAUUCACCCCGCCUCCUAUUCUGGCACAGUCAUAUUUAACCGAUGGACGGGUAUGCUCCUCCGGAGAGAUAACCAAGUCGAUUUUGGUUACUUUAUUUUAAUUUUUUUAAAGGGCCACGGGGUGCCUCGCGUUGUAUUGAAUUGGUCGUUUCUUGGACGAGGAGCGACGGUCAAAACGAAGAGACCAGAACGAGAAGACGGAGGAAGAAGACACUGGAGGGAAGAGGCGAGGAUCAAGCAACGCAAUUUAAAGACAACGACGGCAUGUACUUCAUUUGAAAGCUUUACUGUAUUUGGACUUAUUACAUCUGUCGGUAAUUAUACAAUAUAAGGCGCAAAAUAAGCUUGUUUCCCCCAGUAGCAACGUGUAUCAGGAAUACUGUGGAAAAGGCUUCUUCCCAUCCUCACUAAACGAUCAGAGGGCGACAUGGUAGCUCCAUACUUCAUGAUAACAUCGUUUUGAUUCGUUUAGCACAUGAAACACAGAGCCACUGAGGCCUAACUAGCACUAGGAAAAACCCGACAGUAUGCCGUUCUAAUCAUUUUCCAGCAGAAAAAAACAAUUCCCUGCGAAUUACUUCCGCCACCCACUUCAGCAUUCCAGUCACUUUACGCGGAGACUAAAGCCAAACAGGAAGAUUAACAGGUGUCUGAGGGGGUGAGAAAGGUCAGAGGGUAAAGGUUAAAGGUCAUUUCAAGAUGAGUGAGCUCGAGCAGCUUCGACAGGAGGCUGAGCAACUGCGCAAUCAGAUCAGAGAUGCCAGGAAAGCAUGUGGAGACUCCACACUCACUCAGAUAACAGCAGGCCUGGACCCGGUGGGGAGGAUACAGAUGAGGACGAGGCGCACACUGCGUGGGCAUUUGGCUAAAAUCUACGCCAUGCACUGGGGCUCAGAAUCCAGGCUUCUCGUUAGUGCCUCGCAGGAUGGAAAACUCAUCAUCUGGGACAGCUACACUACAAACAAGGUCUGUAGUUCCAUCAUAUUGUUACACAUAAAACACAUGAUGGUGCAGCCAAGCAGUUCUGAACUAGUAAGUUCAGCUUUUCACGGAAUAUCACCAUCAAGUAAAAUAAUACAUUAUCUGCUGCUCGCCGGCUACGAUGACUUUAACUGCAACAUCUGGGACGCCAUGAAGGGAGACCGAGCAGGAGUGCUGGCUGGCCAUGACAAUCGUGUGAGCUGUCUUGGGGUCACAGAUGAUGGCAUGGCUGUGUGUACAGGUUCCUGGGACAGCUUCCUGAAGAUCUGGAACUGACCACACACAGCUUCCAUAUUGUACACAUUAUUCACUCAUCAUACACAAUGUAUGUACUUUACUGUACAUAUGAUGUACACUUGCCUACACAGACACACAUGCCUGACAAAAACUGUACAUAAUAUAUAUAACUAGUUAUACGUUUACACCAAAUAUUUUCAGUGCCACAUCAUUCUAUACACAGUCACACACUAUAGGUAGGUUUGGACCACAAGUUUGAAAUAGGAAUGUUUACACACACACACACACACACACUUUUUUUCCCUUACUUAAGGUUUGCUGGAACUACAUGGUACCUUCACUAAGAGACACAAGUACAUUUGGAGGAAUGUGCGUUGAGUGAGUUGUCUAAUUUGAGCGUACAAUCCAAAACAUUUAUUUGACGCUUCAUUUUUAGACUGAGCUCAAAGUGGUGGAUGUUGAUCCAUUGAAGAGCAUUCUUUUUUUUUAUUUUGACUUCCAUUCUGUCUUCUAUAUUCAAAGUCUAAAGUACUGAUGUUUCCAUGAGCAUGUAGAGUUGAAAAGAUGAAGGAGAUGAACCCAACCCAUCUGUAGUUGAUACAGAUCACACUUUAUGUAGCCCAUGUUUUUAUAGAUGCGUAUGCCGGCAUAUUCCAGUAUAUAAGUAAUUAAAUGACAUUUUUGUCUUUCAUUUUUGUUUAGAAUUUACAUUUUUUAAAAGCUUUUAUUCAUGUUUUCCUGUAUGCCGCACCCUAAGGAGAAUAAAGAAAACUGAAAAUAAAUAAAUACAAAUCUGUGCCACUAAAUAUGUGAUCACAGGCUGCUCACAAAAAUGUUUAAAUACUUGUUAUUUGAAAUUACUCAAUUCAUAAAAGGGGUUUUCAACUGGUUUCAUGUAAGGACCCAGACUUCACACUGGACAAGCAAAAAGAUUAAUCUGACAGUGUUAUAAAAGCAUAAACACCAACUGAAGUGUGAUACUGCACACUUGCAUGUGAUAAAUUUGGGCCAAAAUAUGGAAUGUUUUUCACGCUAACAUCAAAAUGUAUUUUCUAAUAUCUUCUA